UGUGAACUAAACGUUCGAAAACGCGGGAGGGUAACUUUUCAUUCAUUGAAAACACCCUUAAGCUGCCACUUUGUCAUUUGUUUCCGACGAUAAAUUAUUGGCCAUGAAGACCGAAAACGUGAGAAAGGUAGCCAUAAAAGUGGAUUCAAACCCUCAACAGGAAAUUCGGAACAUCAGAAAAACUAAAGUGCUCAAAGACGUGACCAAGGACAAAGAAAACGUGGUGAAGCCGACAACUUUCGUACAAGCAAAAUUGGCUUCGGAGAAAGAAAAGGCCGAGGCCAAGAAGAAGUCGCUCCAACACAAAGCGGUGCAGACAUUCGAAGAUUACACCGUUUCAGAACUGGACCUGACUUCUGAUGAGCCGCCCAAUGAGGAAUACUGGCGUAGGUUAGCCGAAAAACGGGGCGAAGCCCUGAAUGACAGUCUGCACGAAAAUGAAAGGCUCAAGGAAAACAUUGAAGCAUUACAAGAGGAGAACCAAGUCUGUAAAAAUAUGCUUGAUGAAUCCAGACACUUGGUGGAGAUUUUACAGGAAAUGCUUGAUGACUCACAAACUGAAGAAGAUUAAUAUUAUUUAUUGUUUUUUAAUGUUGUUUUUUAGUAUUAUUUGCAUCACUGUCGAUUAAAAUUUGUGACUAGAAUUUAUUUAAUUUUGUACUAUGCAUAAAUAAAUAUUUUUUUUCUAAA